AUGACAGCGGCUGGCGAGCACUUUGAGGAGAAAUUUAAGGCGCGCAAUGAUUGCCUUAAGACAAUCUGCUUCGGUGCGGUGUUGAUCACGAAAGCGGAAGUCAUUCCGCGCAACCCACAGAUAAUGCUUCACCAACUGGAGCAGCCAGAUGAUGACCUGGGGGAUGCGCUGACGCCUCGCGAGAAACCGAACAACAACUCGUCGACAGUGAAGGGUGUUGCCAAACCGUCGUACAUCAUCAGGUUGAAAUAG